AUGACCGUGAUGAUCGCCGCUCCUCCUUCUUCCUCCGCCGGCGCCGCCGAAAAAUUCACCGUCAUCUUCACGACACCUCCCAACUACGCUUCCCGGCUAUCCAACCUCUUCACGCAGAAAGGCCAUAAGCCGAUUUGGUGCCCCACCAUCACCACCGAUAUCACCCCAUGCGCCGUCAUCUCUCUCACGCGCCACCUCUCUCCGCCGUCUAUCUCCCUCCUCUCCGCCAUCGCAUUUCCCUCCCGCACCGCUAUCUCCGCCGCAUCCGCCGCCAUCACCGUCCUCCAGAAGCCCAUACUGCCUCCGUCCGGCGACGGCGACGAGGGUUUUGUCCUCGCCGCUCUGGGCAGAGACGCCGCGAUGAUCGACCGCGAUUUCGUCUCCCAGUUUUCCUCCGAUGAAGAUAGAGUGAGAGUGAUUGUUCCUUCGAUCGCGACUCCGACGGGUUUGGUCGAAUCUCUCGGGUCGGGUCGUGGUCGUAGAAUUCUGUGCCCGGUUCCGUCGGUGGUGGAGCUCACGGAGCCUCCGGUGGUUCCGCGGUUUCUCCGGGACCUGGAGAUCGCCGGGUGGGUCCCAAUUAGGGUUGACGCCUACGAGACUCGGUGGGUAGGACCCACCUGCGCAGAGGCCAUGGUCGCGGCGGUGGAUGACGUGGACGCGGUGGUGUUCACGAGCACAGCGGAGGUGGAGGGUCUGCUGAAGGGAUUGAGGGAAAUGGGUUGGGACUGGACGGCGGUGAAACGGAGGCGGCCGCAGCUGGUGACGGCGGCUCAUGGGCCGGUGACGGAGGCGGGGGCAGAGAGGUUGGGCGUCAGGAUUGACGUUGUGAAUGAUAAGUUUGGGAGCUUCGAAGGUGUUGUCGAAGCUCUGGACACGAGAAUGCGGGAUUCAGCCAUUGAUGAGCUUUGA